CACUUCCACCUCUUCUCCCAUAUUCACCCGUCACCACUACUUUUUCUUUCUCCCCCAUUUUCUUUUCCUUUUCCAGGAAAAAAAAAACCCACCACCAUGAUUGCCAAAGAACUCGAAAAUCGAAAAAGAAGCCAAAAAAUAUCCUAGAAAUUCCUUCUUUCAGGUAUUACUCCAGUUCCAUUGUCGAUCAUUUCUCCUAUGCACUUUCUAUGCAUCGCUCUGGCUUUAUUAUCAUUACCGGUAGGUUGCAUGUGUUAUGAUUUGUGAAUCAGCGUUACGUAGUAACAAGAUCAUGAACGCAAUUUAUUUUUACCAAGUCAGGUGAACUGUAAACAUAAUACCCGCCUGAAAUUAAGUGACCCAAUUUAACCGAUGGCCGGUAAAACAGAAAGAAAAAGGGAAGAUAAAUCUGAGGCCGUUACGAUAGUCGUCGCCAUAUUCGAUUUGGGAGGCUCGGACGAAUGCUCUGUUUUUUUUGUCUGUUGGGUAGCUCAACCCUGACACUGUAAUUGUGGUGCAUCUCCUGAAUUUCCCAAUAUGAAUAUGAAUAAAUCUGUAUUCCGUGUUUGGUCUCUAUUGUCUGUAAGCAUAUGAAGCGGGAUUGUACAGAGAUCCCCCCGACUGAAGUUUAUUAGUUAAAACAGAGAGUGAGGUAAACAGGGGAUCGCUAUGAUCUGAUUGGUGACCACUGUUGGGUUUGUCAGGUUGUGAAGAAUCUCAGGGUCAGGGCCAAAGAGACGUGCCCAGCUUUGUGCAUUGGGGCAAUACAUGAACAAUAGAAAAUGGGGGAGGGAGGAACGCAAACACAGGCAGCCCUAACAGAAUCCAACUCCAAGAUGAUGGAAGACUACAGUGACUUCAAAACUGUGGCUCUGGACCAGACUGCUCCGGAUUCCAACAGGAUGAGCCCUCCCAACUCCAUGAGUAACGGCGGAGGCUACGCCAAUGGCAAUGGCAAUGGCGCCGUCAUGAAUGGGGGAAGGUUGGAUUUCGAUCCCAGCGAGGCUCCUCCGUUCAAGAUUGCCGACAUCCGGGCUGCGAUUCCACCGCAUUGUUGGGUCAAGAACCCAUGGAGGUCCAUGAGCUACGUCCUCAGGGAUGCCCUCGUCGUGCUCUGCUUUGCCCUCGCCGCCGCCAAGCUCGACAACUGGGCUGUUUGGCCGCUCUACUGGGCCGCUCAGGGGACCAUGUUCUGGGCUAUCUUCGUUCUCGGACACGAUUGCGGGCAUGGGAGUUUCUCAGACAGCUCGGUGCUGAACAAUGUGAUGGGUCAUAUCUUGCAUUCGUCCAUCCUCGUGCCUUACCAUGGAUGGAGAAUUAGCCAUAAGACCCACCACCAGAACCAUGGCAAUGUUGAGAAAGAUGAAUCCUGGGUUCCGCUGCCCGAGAAAGUGUACAAGAACCUGGACACAAGCACCAAGUUCAUGAGGUUCACUAUCCCUCUCCCAAUGUUCGCCUACCCUAUCUACUUGUGGAGAAGAAGCCCAGGGAAGAAAGGGUCCCACUUCAAUCCCUACAGUGACUUGUUUGCCCCACACGAGAGGAAAGCCGUCUUAAUUUCCACCCUCUGUUGGACAUCCAUGGUCCUACUCCUCCUCUACUCGUCCUUUCUCUUUGGCUUCCUUCCUGUCCUCAAGAUCUAUGGAAUCCCGUACCUCAUAUUUGUGGCAUGGCUGGACAUGGUGACAUACCUGCACCACCACGGGUACGAGCAGAAGCUGCCAUGGUACAGAGGGAAAGAGUGGAGCUACCUCCGUGGAGGGCUGACAACCAUUGAUAGAGAUUAUGGCAUCAUCAACAACAUCCACCAUGACAUUGGCACCCAUGUCAUUCACCACCUCUUCCCUCAGAUCCCACACUACCACCUCGUCGAAGCGACAAGGGCAGCGAAGCCGGUGCUGGGGAAGUACUACAGAGAGCCCAAGAAGUCGGGGGCAUUCCCAUGGCAUUUGUUCGGCUACUUGGCGAGAUCGCUCGGAGAAGAUCACUAUGUCAGCGACACAGGGGAGGUUGUGUUCUACCAGUCAGACCCUGAGAUCUUCACCUUCUCCAAGCCGAACAAUGCCAAGACCAAAUCCAACUGAUGAUUCCUCCUCUGUAACAACAUUGGAGAUGAGAAGAAGAAGACUCUCGCUCUACUGCACUAGCUACUACUCAAACCCAAAAGAAACAAAGAGAAGAUUUUUAAUUGUUUUCUUUCCUGUUCCUUUCUCUCUCUCUCGUCCCCAAAAAAUACUACUUCUCUUUCUCUGUUACUUCAUUGGAGUAAAAAUCUUAUAAUUGAGGCAAUUGUAGAAGCAGUUAAGAAAAGGAAGAAAAAUACAGACGUUUUAAGUUAGUAGUAAGUAAGAAGUACUUGUUUGUUGCAUUGUUUCAUGAUAUGAUCAAUGCUGGAAAACACAAACGGACCCAGAACAGACAAGUGUUUUAAUCUAUUCUCUUAUAGGUUGGCUGGCUUUCGUAUUGCAUUAAUGUUGGUUGAUGUUUGAAGCUCUGGAUCUCAAGAAUUUACAGGCGGACGAGUGAAUGAGAGAGCAGUAAGAAAAAUGUAGGGAACUAUUUGCCCGAUGAAGCAAUAAAAACAAAAGCAAACAUGCGAUAGGGUUUGAUCGGGGGAUAAAAUGGAGUGGAUGGUGGCAGGGACCAGGAAGGAAGUAAAGAGAAUCCAACUGGUAGCUAUAAGUUGGGGAAUGGGGAAUGGCAGCAGUGGCUGGCUCCACCAUUGCAUAAUGAUGGUGUCAUAACUCUUAAGUGGUAGCAGAAACAGAGUGGUCAGGAUUUAUACGGCUUAACGAUUUUUGUGGCAGGCGUUGAGUACACAGAGUAGAUCAAGGACAUGUACUGCAGCAGCAUUCAAUUCAAUGUUGUUAGAUUAGAUCUAUUUUGGGGUUCGGGUUAGGGUUAACUACCACCCCAAUGGUGGCCCUAAAAUGCAAUAAUAUAUGGUGGCCUGGCCACAUUGUUGGAGCCAAUUUGAACUUCAACGGUGUGCCAUCGUGAACGGUGUCAGAGGAUAUUUGCGUUAUGAUGUCGUCUUAACUAGUGUACGUGGGUUGAUGGGUGGGUGAAUCGGUUUUAGAACUUCAUAGUCAACCAAUCCAUAUUUAUUGUUAGAUAAUUAAGAACCCAAACUCAAUCAUGAAAAUCCAAAUCCUAUGGGUGUGGUUGGCUUUGGGUCCGCCGGGGUGAAAAAAUAAUCCAGGUGAAACAAGAACAUUCAAGACUACAUUAAACUUCUAUUUUUUUUACACCCAAGUAGUUGUAACUAUUUAUUUGUCAACUACAUUAAACUUCUAUUUUUCCCCCACUAAACCACAUGUUAACUCCUGCAAUUUUGUCAUCUACAACAGUCGAGUACAAUCUAUACCUCUCGCCGUAAUUGCAACCACUCUGUUCAAGCUCCGCUCUAAGGAGAAUACUCCACUCAUGUAUAAAUGUCUCUUUUGCUGCUUCCCCAUCUCUAUUUGUGUCAACGCAGAGGUUAGCACAUUAGCAGUCCUGUCUUCGAAUAAAAAAAAGUGUCUCUUGAUGGUUGUGUAAGAAUUAUAUAGAUAAAAUAUGUGUUGCGUUUUUCUUGAUUUUCUCAUCUCCAAAACUGCAUCCACUCAAUAAAGUUAACAAAAGACA